AUGCCAGAGUUCAAUCCCGUUCACACCUCCUCAUCCGGGAGUCUGUUCGGCGACGUCCGCACCGAGUACGCCAAGAUAUGCAAGCGCCUUUUGGUGGGCCGUCAUCAUCGCAAGGACGCGCGCGAGGUCCACGCCCCCAAGCGUACCGAGCCGGACCUCCUGGAGAGGAAGAUCUACGGCGGCAAGUACACCGUAAAGCAGUACGACUAUGGCAACGUGAUCCGAAAGGUGAUCAACGACCAGAGGAAGGAGGAGGAGGGAAGGAAGAAGCUGAGGCUCGGGGCUCCCAUGGCACUCGAAGAAUACUACUCGCCGUACAUCGAGACGGGCUUCUCCCUCGUCGACGGCGACAAGAAGCUCAAGGAUCUGAGGGCCGCGCUGUGCAAGCUCGACGGGUUGGGGUUCAGGCGCUCGCUCCAUCAGAUCGCCUUCCAUGAAGCCUUCAUCGCCGCGUGCAUAGCCCAGAUCUACGGCAAGGACUUCCUCAGACACCUCGUCCGCAUCACCCAGGAGAACGGGUUCUCCGAUCUACGGUCGGAGAUCGGCGUCGUGUGCCCGCGUCGUUGGGGCAAGACCACCGCCGUGUCCAUGUUCGCCGCCGCGUUCAUGUGGACACAGCCGGACGCAGAGAUCUGCAUCUACUCGGUGGCCAGGCGAGCCUCGGCCAUGCUCCUGCUCAAGGUGCUCCAGAUGGUGAAGAAGCUCUCGGGAGACGACGAAAGCAUCAUCGUCACGAUGAACCAGGAGGAGCUCAGGAUCAAGACCAUCAACGGAGGCACGGCCGUGUGCAGAUCCUACCCAGGUCUCCCCAAGGGUCUGAUGGUGUGA